CCAAGCCGCCGCUCACCUACCCACGCUCACGCUCACGUUGGCCGCUCCGUCCCAUCCUGCUCACCUCGCCGGCGGCACUCACCCCAGCCAGCCCCCCUCUAUACUCCCCCGUCGACCUACCUCACUCCAGCCAGUGCUUGUUUGUGGCCCAGUUCUGUCACCAGCUGGUCACCCGGUGAACUCCAUUGCAGGGUCUAUGUGUACAUACAAAGAUCCUGCAGCCUAGCCAGCUAGUAGCUACCCAUCUCUCCCCUCUCAGGAAGCCUGCAAUGCCGGAUCCGGUUAGCAUUACUGCUGCUGUAGGAUGGGGCGUUACCGCACUAGGUUGGCUUGCCUCGCCCAUCGUUCCCAGAAUCCUCAACAAAGGUUUCGCCUUCCUCGGCUUAAACGCGGCGGAGAAGCUCAAGAUAAUCGACACACAGGUUGUACAACUGCAGCGGGUGAUGGAAGUGGUCGACGAGAGCACUUACAGGCUUCGCUUGGAGCCACUGUUAAACGACCUCAGAUCCGCUGUCUACGAAGCCGAAGACAUCUUGGAUAGUGUCGAGUAUCAGCGUCUCAAGAAGCAGAUCCAAGAUGCCAAGUCACAAGGAAGUACGCCUCCAUGUAAGAGGGAUUGGCUGAAGAAGAAGAUUCUUCCGUGUGCCAUGCCGAGCUCCCCAUUCAAAGACAAGGACAGUGGUUUGCCAAAAGUACAGUUGGAGAAGAGCCUAAAGAAGAUAGAAAGCGCCAUAAGUGGUGCAUGUAAAGUUUUGGAACAACUGAACUUGCCAGGCGUAACUAAUGAUAAUGGGAGGCGAGCUGUUGCUACCAAUUCAUGCUGUGCAGUCACUACUGCAGCCCCUCCAAUAGCAGUAUUUGGUCGGGAUCAGGAUCGUGACAAGAUCAUAGCAAUGCUUCAUGAGAAGGAAGACCAGUGUCAAGCAAACAUCGUCAGUGGUAUAUGUUAUUCAGUAAUUGGCAUUCAUGGCGUCGCGGGGUCUGGGAAAUCAACACUUGCACAAUGUGUUUAUGAUCAUGAGAAAAAGCGUAGGCAAGAAAAAAUGGAAGGCCAUUUCGAUAUUGUCAUGUGGAUUCAUGUUUCUCAGAAAUUUGAUUUGGAUUCCAUUUUUAGGGAGAUGUUUGAGGGGGCUACAGGGAAAGCAUGCAAUAACUUCAAUAAUCGUAACACCCUGAAGGAAAAACUGGAGGAUGAACUACGUCGGAAACAGAUUUUGCUGGUACUGGAUGAUGUCUGGUACGACGGUAGGAAUUCGGGAGACCGUGAAGAACUACAGAAGUUAAUUUCCCCUCUGAAUGUUGGAAAGGAAGGAAGCAGAAUCUUGGUGACAAGUCGAACUGAAGCUGCAUUAGUAGCUCUGGGUUCUGUCAAGGAGAGGCGUAUUCCCAUAUCUAACCUGGACGAUGAAGUGUUCCUUGAAAUGUUCUUGCAUUAUGCACUUCGGGAUGCAAGGGUAAGUGACCAUGAUAGAAGUACACUUAAAAUGAUUGGAGAGGACAUUGCAAAAAAGCUGAAGGGAUCACCUCUAGCAGCCAGAACAGUGGGUUCACGGCUCCGUGAGACACAAACUAUUGAGUUUUGGAGGAGUCAGAAAGAUCGGGACCUUAUGAAUGACACGAUGGGAGCUCUAUGGUGGAGCUACCAGUAUCUUGAUGAGCAGGUCAGACGAUGCUUCGCUUACUGCAGUAUUUUUCCCAGGGGGCAUAAGUUGAGACGUGAUGAGUUAGUAAAGUUGUGGGUGGCAGAAGGGUUUAUAAAGACUAGUAAGCCCGAAGAGGAAAUGGAAGAUGUUGCUAAAAAUUAUUUUGAUGAAUUGUUGUCAUCCUCAUUUCUGCAAUUCAGAGGGAAAGAAAAGGUAUAUGAAACUGGACAUGAUCGUGAGGUUGAUUACUUUACAAUUCAUGAUCUGCUUUGUGAUUUAGCAGAGGAGGUUGCUGGGAAAGAUUGCUUCAGGAUAGAGAAAAACUUCAGAGGAAAAGUUCCUCUAGGUGUCCGCUAUCUUUUUGUUGGGACUUGUAAUAUUGAGGUGCUUACUGAGAAAAUAUAUGGGUUGCAAAAUUUGCGCACUCUCAUCAUUGAUGGCAAGAUAAAUGUUGAAUCAGACAAGCACAAAGCCUUCAAGAGUAUGUUCGCUAUGUUCACAAGGCUGACGAAAUUACGGGUACUGAACUUAAGCGUCACUCCAAAUAAUCACACAUUCUCAUUCCCAGAUUCUAUUGGUGAUUUGAGGCAUCUGCGUUAUUUUGCUUUCUGGGUGUACGGAAUGGUCAAGCUAACUUUACCCGGCACCUUUACCAAGCUUUACCACAUGCAGGUGGCAGAUUUUGGUUUUUGUGGUAGUUUGACUUCUUCUAGUGGUGAAGAUAUGAUGAACCUAAUCAACUUGCGCCAUGUAAUCAGCAAGGCAGAUCUGCAACUUGCAAACAUUGGCAGGUUGAUAUUGCUCCAAACGCUACCAUUCUUUAGAUUUAGGAGGGAACGGGGCUAUGAGUCACAUCAGCUGAAAGACCUGAACAAGCUUCAAGGCAAGCUGCUGAUUUGUGGUCUUGAGAAUUUUGAGAGCAAGGAGGAAGCUCUUGAAGUCAAUCUUGCUGGCAAGGAAAAACUCACAGAACUGGUACUUCAGUGGGAUCUUGAUCAGAGCUGCAGUCCAGAGGUUCAAGCAGAGGUACUUGAGGGUCUUUGCCCAUCAAAGUAUAUUGAAAGACUAGAAAUCCGGAAUUACCACGGUAGAAGGUUACCGAGUUGGAUGAUGGGUAAGCAUAAAGGCAGCCCAAAGAACAUGAAAGAGCUUAGCUUCAUCGGAUGGAUCCAACUGGAACCUGCUGCUGAACUUGGGGCUUUCAUUCAUCUUCGCUCUCUACAUGUUGCUAGCUGUAGCUGGGAUGCCUUACCAGGCAAUAUGGAGCACCUCACAGCGCUCAAGCAACUACAUAUACGGUCAUGCGAGAAUAUACGGUCACUUCCAACACUACCCAAGUCUCUUGAGGAGUUUAACGUCUUAAACUGCGGCUUGGAUACCUUACCAAGCAAUAUGGAGCACCUCAAGAAGCUGGCUAUACGUUCAUGCAAGAAUAUGCAGUCGCUUCCAACACUGCCCAAUUCUCUUGAGGAGUUUACCGUCUCAGACUGCAGUAGGGAUGCCUUACGAGGAAAUAUGGAGCACCUCACAUCGCUCAAGAAAUUUGAGAUCUGGAGUUGCAAGAGUGUGUCGUCGCUCCUAACACUGCCAAAGUCUCUUGAGGAGUUUAAAGUCGCCUGCAGCAGCUUCAGUGUCUUGCCAGGCAAUAUUGAGCACGUCACAUCACUCAAAAAACUGAAUAUAGAGUCAUGCGAGGAUAUGCGGUCGCUUACAACACUGCCAAAGUCUCUUGAGGAGUUUAUCAUCCUAUACUGCGGCUUGGAUACCUUACCAGGAAAUAUGGAACACCUCACAGCGCUCAAGAUACUGAAGAUCAGAAACUGCAAGAAUAUGCGGUUGCUUCCAACACUGCCCAAGUCCCUUGAGAGGUUUAUCAUUGCGGACUGCGGCUUGAAUGCCUUACCAGGCAAUAUGGAGCAACUCACAUCACUCAAGACGCUGGAGAUAGAUUCAUGCAAGAACAUGUGGUCGCUUCCAAAACUGCCCACGUCUCUUGAGGAGAUUACAGUCAAUUACUGCAGUGACGAGUUCACACAAUCUUGUGUAACGACUGAUGAUCCAAACUGGCAGAAGAUUGAGCACAUUCCAAAGAAAACAAUUACAUUCUGUAGUUAAAAAGGUCCAUGCAGAAGCCACGUGCCGUUUGGUUGAGGAUGGGAGAUGAAGUCGAAGUCGAAGCCGUCAGACUCUUGCUAAAUCUACAGGCUAUCUUACUGGGUAACCUGUUCGUUGGGUUAUGCCUACUUGGGUUUGUUGAGUCUUGCAUGUUUACGAGUGAAGUGGUGCUACCCUUUACUCUCAUAAACUACGGGCACUGCAAAAUGCUAUGUGUCCAUGCAUAUUCAUGAACAAUGGGUUUAUUAGUCGUUUACUCCUACUAUGUAUGGAUUUAUGAGUUGUUUGCUGUCUACUAUGGAUGUAAUAACGUGGAACACUGGAUUAAUUCGCUUCCUAUAUACAGUACUAUAUAUGAUUUGUAACACUUUGGAAUA